AUGGUGAAGUUCAAAGUUAAUUUUCUACGAAAAGCAAAAACAUUCGAAAAUUUCGUGAAAACAGUUGAAAAAGAGGCUAUCAAAGCCGAAGCCGUAAAAUGGCGUAAUUAUCCUGGUGUGAAUAGAGAGCUGCAUUCGAAAGUGUUAAAAUUCGUUCAAGAAGAUCUACAAACAGGUGAAUUAUCAAGACACUACCCAGAUAAAUCACAUUCAAGUUUUCAAUAUCGAUUACAACGUGAUGACGAAGACAACGUUCAAUUGAGAGUAACAAUACCAUCUGAAGAAGGAACAUUAAAAGAUUUGAUUGUAUUGCCACGACGAGAUGAAAUUCGUAAAAUAUUAGAAACAGCAAUGGCACGUGUCUACACUCAUGGCAAAAUGGAAUCAGAUAUUCAAUGUUAUUACGGCGUGCGAGAGAAAUAUUUUAUCUCCAGAAAUCGUGUUCAAGCUAUUAUGAAUAUAGUUGGGAAUCCUGAACAAUGGUUUGAAGCCAUUGUAGCACCCGAUUCUGAUGAGGAAAAUGAAGAUACGAAGAAGUCAUAUGAAGCUGAAGAAGCCGAUCAAAGGAAACAACUGAAAAAUGGCAGAAAAGAAGCUGAACGACAACUAACAGCAACAGUAAAGGUGAAAAAACGGGGUCGACCAAUAAAAAAAACGGCGUCCACCUCUGAACAACAAUCGACAAGUGAAAACGAGCACAGAUGGAAAAAAACGUCGACAAAACGAAAAACAUCCGUAGCCACACCAAAAAAACAACAAGCAGAAGACGAUGAACAGCCAUUAGAUGAUCUGACAAACGAAAGAGGUGACAAAGGCGAAGAUGAAAGUUCACCAGUCAAACAGACCAGAAGAACUCGUCGUGGUGCUGCUACAGCAAAUAGUCUUGCAAAGAGAAAUUGA